AUGAAUUUAAUUCACAAUUUAAAUCAACGAUUAACUAAUCAAUUUUUUGGUAUGAAUGCACGACAAGUUCUCAAACAAAUCGAAGCCAUUGACGAACAAAAAGUUAUCGUAUUGAUACAGUCAUUUAAUCUCGUCAUUAAAACUGUAAUCGACUAUACUGAAUCAUAUUACGCCAAAGAUAAAGCAUAUUAUGAGACGUUAUCGUGUUUUUAUCUACAGUCGAAUGGUUUUCUUACAUGGAAAGAUUUGUUUGUCGUAGUCGAUCUCAUAUCAAUUCCAGAUUUGAACAUCGACAAAUUGUACAAUGAAUACUGUGAUUUGAAAGUCUUCGACGAACAUAUUAUUCAAACAGACGGCAAACUGAAAGAACAAGUGAAUACAUUCACUGCAAAACAACAUGAACAUAUUACUUCAUCCGCAUCGCCAAUGAUGUCCGAGACUGAGAAUGACACAUCAGAUGAUGAAAAUAUGACACACAAAAGUCGACAAACAUCUGACACACAUAUCCGAAGUGAUGAAUUGUGGGCUUAUUUGUUGAAUGUCAAUGGCAAUACGACACCAAAUAUGACAAAAAUCGUUUCUUAUUUAUUUUCUAUUCCGUGCUCAAAUGCUUUCGUCGAAUCUAUUUUUAGCAAGAUGAAACAUUCAUGGACCGAUUAUAGAAACAAAAUGGAUGUACAGCUUAUGGCUGCAGAAUUGAAGCUUCGAACAAAUUGUGAAUAUACGUGCAGUUAUUUUCACGAUUACGUUCUCUCACAACCAGUUCUUCUUAGAAAAAUUCGAACAAACGAGAAAUAUGAAAGAAAAAAGCAACGUAUAUGUGAAAAUUGA